CCUAAAGUCAAAAUUAUAGCAUUGAAUUGGAUUCUUGAACCAGAGCCAUGUGAACCUGGUCCACCUGUACCUCUCAUUGAAGACCUGUUAACAUCACCAGAGUAUGUUCAUUCUGAUACCCCUAUGGUAUGGUUACAGCAUGCAUUAUCCCUGAAUCCAUUAAAAGAGCUGCAUUGGCAACGAAACAACCCAAUGUGGUCGAUUGUAAGGAAAUAUAGCAUAUCAGCUUCCAACUUUGGUGCAGUUCUCAGUUCUAAGCAAAGGCGAUUGACAUUGUCACUGAAGAAACAGCUGAUGUCGGCUUACAAUCUGGAGUCCAUCAAGGCUGUUGCAUGGGGUAUCACUCAUGAAGAUGAUGCUUUGAGAAAGUAUGAAAAGGACUUAGAUGCAGCUGUAGAGCAGUCAGGAUAUGGUUGCAUGAAUCCGGAGUGUUGGGAGCUUCACCUGAUGGCUUAGUUGUUCGACCACCAACAUGCAGUGUAUUUUAUCAAACUCCAGAAGCCAAAGACGCCAUUCCUAAUAUUGUAGAGGUGAAGUGUCCAUAUACAGCAUCGUCUUCAACAGUAGCAGAUGGGGCACAAAAUUUGAAGGAUUUUUCAUAGGUAAAUAACAUUAAAAAUCUGUAUUGUCCAGUACUUUGAAAUUAAAAAUCUUGGUGAGUAAAUGAUUUCAAAACAUGUAUUAAUUUACAAGUGCAGCUGUUCAAUAUGGUAUGAAG